ACCGAGCGUGACCCACUCCUACGCUCGUCCUCUGACCGCAUCCGCAACAUCUAUGACAUCGACGACGAAGACUCAGGUUACGCUCGGAGUCCAGUCCGCGCUUGCGUUAACCUCGUCCUGAUCAUAGUGUUCCUACUGGCUUUAUGCUUGAUGUUGUUCCACUACGAUAGGAUUCAGGAUGGAGGGAAGAAUUUGAGCGGUGGGUGGCCUUGGGGUGGACUUCCGAGGGACUCGAGGCAGGCAGCAGAGGUACUGUUGAGUCAGGCGCCUGUGAUCGACGGUCAUAUCGACCUCCCCGACCUCGUCCGCAAUCUCUACCACAACAACAUCUCCUCCUUCGACCUCGAAUCGCCCAUGCCGGGCGAGGUCGAUAUCCCACGACUGAAAAAAGGCCGUGUCGGUAGCUUCUUCUGGAGCGUUUAUGUCGAUUGUCCGGGGAAGACGGAAUGGGAGGAAGGCCCGGAGUUUUUGUGGCCUAGUUGGACUGUUAGGGAUACAUUGGAGCAGAUCGAUGUAGCGAAAUUGUUGAUCGAGAAGUAUGGUGACACCUUCGAGCAAGCUUUCACUGCUGCGAACAUCGAAGACAUAGUCCGUCGGGGCAAGAUCGCUUCCUUGCUCGGCGUCGAAGGUGGCCAUCAAUUAGGCAACUCCCUCGCCGUCCUCCGCCAAUAUUACGCCCUAGGCGUCCGCUACGUGACACUCACUCAUAUGUGCCACAACGCAUUCGCAGAUUCAGGGGGUUUCAUCGACGGCAUCGAACCUGUACAUGGCGGAUUAUCCCCGCUCGGCCACGCCCUAGUCCACGAACUCAACCGCCUCGGAAUGCUCAUCGACAUCUCGCACGUCUCCGACUCCACCGCCCUCCAAACUCUCGACCUCACCCGCGCGCCCGUGAUAUGGAGCCAUAGCAGUGCGAGGGGCGUAUGGGACGUCGCGAGGAACGUUCCUGAUUUUGUGUUGCAGAGGUUGGGAGUGGAUAGGGGGGAGGGCAGGGGAGCGGUGGAUGGGGUUGUUAUGAUUAAUUUUUAUCCGGGCUUCGUCGCGGAAGAGGGCAAGGCGGACGUGAAAGCUGUGGCUGAUCACGUAGAACAUGUCGCUAACGUGACGGGGAGCAGGAAAUAUGUUGGAAUAGGUAGUGACUUUGAUGGAAUCCCGACGGUUCCGAGGGGACUGGAAGACGUAUCGAAAUAUGCCAACCUCGUCGCAGAGCUUCACUCCCGCGGCUGGGAUAAAUUCGACCUCGCAGGAUUCACGGGCGCGAACCUCUUACGCGUCAUGCACGGUGUGGAAGAGGUGGCGAGACAGAUGAGGAUGGAUGGUGUGAGGCCUUCGAUGGAAAUUUAUGAGAAGAGAGAGGAUUUGUGAUUUUUGAUAGAAUUAGUGGGCUGAGGAUGGAGAGGGUUUAUCCUUGCGCGAAUGCCAGUGGGGCGUAUAUGUGUGUCGGUCCGGGAGGGUGAUACUAUGGACGUAUUGAAGUGCGG